GAGACUCUCGCGUACUUACGCCUCUGGGCCAUCGCCCGCUCUCCCGUGUUUGCUCAGAUACAUGUUCAACGUCUCUCCGGAACUGGAUAUGGCGAAGAUCCACCGAAGUCUGAUGUUACCUUGAAGUAUCAGCGACCCGAAUUCGGCACCAUCCAAAUUUUGUAGGAGGAAGAUCCGUAUGACCUCAACUCGCAUGGUGCGCUAUGGUGCAAUGUGUCGCGACAUCCCCCCUCGCCUAUACCAGGUUGAUACCUUCAAUUACAGCGUCAAGGCUCUGAAUCCACAGAAGCCUUAUCAAUGUUGUACAGUAAUCUUGACCUUAUGCUCUACCUCGUCUUCCUCCAUGCUUCUCAAGAUGAUUUUCUUGUCCAGUUGAUUGAGCCAUGCGCAAGCACCCUCGCUGACCUUUCAGACUCGAGUUGCCAAGAAUUCUUCCACACGAACGAGAAUCAUCGCCUAACUAUAAAGGGACGUAUUCUCUAGAUGAUUCCGCGUUCAAACCCUUGACGUUCAUGAGGCUCCAGGUCUUCCUUGCGCUCGCUGCUCUGCAACUUGUCAAUUGUGCGCCUAUUUCUCACGACGAGAUUUUGGCCAAUGUCGCAAAGAAUCUUCGCCUUCUUAGCUUAGAGGACGGAGCUGAUCCUGUGUGGAAGACCGAAGUUGAGCUGAUGCGCGCGGGGAAACACUUUUUCGAUGUUACCGAGACCUAUGAACUUGAACAAAAUCCGCCGGCGGUGGAAAAUUUUGAGUCCUUUGCUACAUAUCCUUCCCCUUCGCACCAGACUCGAGUCAAGCCGAUAUUGAGCACAAUCUCGGUUUCAAAUAUGGAGUCUUCGCUUUCUUCUCUUACCGCUUUCAACAACCGUUACUAUCGGUCUUCUACCGGUGCCGAUGCCAGCAACUGGAUCCUGAGUAAAGUCAAGAGUAUAACUUUGGGACGCUCUGAUAUCACUGCUUCACUAUUCACCCACAGUUGGGUACAAUCUAGUGUGAUCGUUAAAAUUGCCGGAACCACUGCUUCUUCUCCGGUUACGAUUCUUGGUAGCCAUCUGGAUUCGAUCAACUUGAACAAUCCGACCAGUGGAAGAGCUCCGGGAGCGGAUGAUGACGGUACAGGUACAGUGAACCUCAUCGAGAUUCUUCGUGCUUUGGUUGCUUCUGGUUACAAACCCAGUACUCCUCUUGAAUUCCAUUGGUAUUCUGGUGAGGAAGCCGGCCUUCUGGGAUCCCAAGCGAUUGCUACCAGUUACGCAAAUUCGAGAGUCAAUGUCAAAGCAUUCAUUCAGCUUGAUAUGACCGGAUAUUUCAAACCGGGUUCGAAGGAGGUCAUCGCGCUUGAAACCGAUUACAUCGACGCCGGAUUAAACACCUUCUUGAGAAGCAUUAUUGGCUCCUACUCAUCUCUUCCUGUUGCCAAUGAUACACCGUGCGGCUACGCUUGCUCUGAUCAUGCGAGCUGGUACAAAGCUGGAUAUCCAACUGCUUUCCCCUUUGAAGCAGUCACUGGUAAUGAUAGUCCUGUCAUCCACACUAGCUCGGACACCACAGCCUACUCUGGGUUUUCGUGGUCUCACUCGCUUGAAUUUGCGAAGGUAGCUCUUGCGGCUGCGUACGAACUUACCGUAUAAAUUGGAGCAGUUCAUGGGUGUGAGGAUGUAUAGUAAAUGAACCGAAGAAAUCUAAGAAUUGUUGUGCACUCUUGACAUGACACUCUAUGCAAACCGUUAACGAUGUCUGCG